AUUCCUGUUCUCAGUAGAGUUGGGAACGUCGUCGCUGGUGAACGUGCUGCUUUUUCGCGGUCCGUGUGCGUUACAUACCCUUAUUAGAUAUAGGCACCAACAUCAUCAUCAACAGGAGCGGAGAGUGAGUUCGACAAGGGCGGGUGGUAGCAUAAUAACAUAACACCCCACUCUUAGCGCCCAGUCCUCUUGUCUGCCACGAAUUCUACAGAACAGGAGCAUCAGAAUCACAGGGAACGUGCUUGUUAGCUAGAUUAAUGUUCAGUGAAGAUGCGGAGUUAUCUUUCGAGCUAGAAAAAGAAUGCUUAUUCCAAGGAUAACGGUUCUAAUUCUGAGUGUACCGAGCAUACAUACGACACGAAACGAGGUGCUGCUAUCUGAAUAAAUCUAUUAAAGAUUCAGAAGUUUGGAAAAUUGUGAAAUAAGCUUUAGUUUAGUGUAUAUGAGGCGAGCAAGCAAAAAAAAAUGCAUGAAGGAAGAGCAUAAAGUUAGAGAAAAAAAUUAGAAACCAAGAAAACGUGAAGAUUUUCUGUGUACUCCUGGUUGCAAACGAUGAGAAACAUCAUGAGCUUCGGAUGUCAGUAUUUUUCAUUGUGAGAAGGCUUCGCGAUCAGCAUUAUCAGCUGAAUCUGUAGCUAACUAAGCUGCAUAAAUAUGUUGGUUGUCAGCAGAAUAGAGAAUAGUGUCAUCAGAAUAGUGUAAUUUUUCUUACCGAUUGAUGGAUCCAGAGGAAAACUGAGUGAGUCAAGUAGAAGAAGCACAUAAGACCAGGAGUGGGCGCGUGCUUGACACGCGACACGAUCUGUGUGGGAGGAAGCCUGGAAGUGUCCGGAAAGCGAUGAAAAACGUCAAGGAAAUGGGCUGGGCAACCAGCGGCUGCCAAAGUUUUCUUCGAUGACUUAUGUGCGUUUUUGUCAACGGCCUAACAGCAACCUGAAUUUAUUGGUAAUCCAUAGCAGAAAUUGUAGGGCGGAAAUUCCGCAGCAAAUCUUACUCUACCAGUGAGCAAUGUGUAUGUGGUGCCUCAAGCAUACUGAAAGCGAAAAAUUGCUUUGAGAGCGAGAGCCAAGUGAGAAGAAAAGGCAGAAAAAAUCGAUAAAAACAAUUCGCUUCUCAUCAAAAAUACAUUUUCACAGAAGAAGAGAAGUAAUACUAUUUCUUUCGAGGGGUGUUUCCGUUCGCUCUUGGUCUUAGGAAAUUCUUCCUUGCCUCAGGACGGUGUCGAAAUCGAAUUUACUGGUUGUAGAAAAAAAACGGGAACUACAACGCAGGAGACAACUUCAGUAGAAGUGGAUCGACAAAACACACUCUGAGGAAGGAACGAGAGCAAUACGAGCAGUGUGAGAAAUUAUACCAAUUUUGGAGCAAAACAUGGAUUUCCGGAUUACGUUACUGCUAAUUAUCGGCACAACAGUUGCAGUAGAGGUUCAUUUCGAGACACCAGAUAGUGGUUUCUUUCUCAAGCAUUCCCCCCGUCAGAGCUCGGUUUCGACAACCUCUGUCAAGGGACGAUCAAGCUCCGAUUCACUUUUAUCGAUAGAUAGAUUCACAGUCGUGCAGACCAGUCAACCAGUGUCGAUUCGAGCAAGUUAUGGUCCUUUUUCUACAAAGCAAACCGUCCCUGCCAGGUAUAUUGUACCAGAUUCGCUGGAUUCCUCCAGUGAUUCAUCGCAGAAUGCGACCGCAGCACUAAUGGAUCUACAACAGACGAAUCUGCAUCUAGACAUAUCAGCACAUGUCGUCAAGAACAGUAUACCGCGGGAUUCACCUGUACUUAGAGUGCUGUUUCAUGCGGGAGCAGAUCCUGGUGGACAUCUGCAGCGUCAAAAGAUAUGCAUUCUACUGCAUGCAUCAAUCGGCAAUAAAACGCCUCUAAAAGGACGAUGCAUGCCGGAAGGAGAAGAUGGCGUUUGUGUCGCAGAGGUCGUGAUCCCAUCCAAUUGGUGGCCACCGUUGCCGCCACCAGAGAAAGAUGGUCGUCCGACAACCGCUCAAAAGACUCCUCAGCGAAUGGUACAAGUAUCCUACAGUGUAUUUGAACCACCGGCCAGGAGCCCAGAGUUAUGCGAACCUAAAGUUCAAAUCCAACCGUUGACCCCAUUUGCAAAGAUACCUCUUGUACAGUCUCAGAUGCCUUACAAGGAUUUACGAGCAGACGACACUUUAACCAUGAUGGUUCCUCAGCAGCCCCUAUAUCCGCUAUCCAAAAUUCACGUUCCCGUAUUUCUACAUCCCGAACCAGGCCAGAACAUCGCAGUGUUUAUAGUGAGGGCACGUGUCAAAGCAGGAAUGCGGAUACUUGGCGCCAGUGCGUCUUCUGAAGAUUGGAAUGUUUCAGUGGAGAAGGAAAAUACCAAACACACCGUGGCACGGGUAACGGCUUUCCGUAAAGAUCAGGAUCCGGACUCUCCAGUUAGUACAACUGAGGACAUAAAUGCCAAUAAAAUAGUGGAAGUUUUCUCAUGGCUCCUGGAAGUUGCCAACGAUACCAAAGAUCACUGGGAUGGUGGACGUAUUGUGUGGUCUGUUAGUUACGUGCACGAUGGUCCAAAGAUAAAGGAACUUUCGGCGGAGGCAUCCAGUGCUCCACACGAGGAGGGUAGGAAAAAGAUUGUGGCAAAGUUGGAAAUUCAAAAGGAUGACAUUCAAGCAGUGUUGCCGAUUGCUAAGAAUUGGGAACUAAUGAACACUGCUGUUCUGACUGGACGUCAAGUCUCUCAGGCAAUGAAGGUUUUCAUCGUUUCACAAGCUGGUAAAGUGGCUGAUGUCACGCUUCAAAGUUCAUGUCAAGCUGAAGAUGAGAGUGUUAUAAAAGUUUCUUCGUCAUGUAGUUCGGUUUACGUGGAUGGUUCAGAAGCUCGCGGUUCAUCGAAUGCAUCUGUUGUUGUAAAAUAUGGGACUUAUUCUGGACUAGCAAAAUUUACCGUUUGGAUGCCUGAGUUUCCGCUCGAAGUCUCUGUUGCGGACUUUCGUCUAUCACAGAUCAAAGGAUGGAAAAUUCCUGAUGACCACAAUGCUCCAAACGGAAAAAUGCGGCGAAAGAAGCGAGCUUACGGAUGGAACCAUCACGGAGAAGAUUUUACGAAUGGUGUGUCAACCGAAAGAAACGUGUGCCGAGCACGCUAUCAGCAGAGUCCUGUUGAGGUAUACGCUAGAUUUUUAGCCAUGGAUCAGGAUUCAGGCCGUGUGAGUUAUUUGAUCUCUCGGCGGACUGGAUUAAGAGUGACAGAUUUAGUGCAACCUCUAUUGAGGGUAGCCGAUCCCAAGAUAGCCACAUUAAGAGGACGAACACUACAGGGAAGGGCAAUGGGAAGAACAGAUGUCCAGGUGCUCUCUCCAAUAACUGGGCGAGUUAUUGGCGCUCGGGAAGUUCGCGUUGGAAGUGAUAAAGUCAGUAUUGAAAGACUGCUAGUUCGUGUCGUUUCCGGAUUACAGCUGUCUAUCGCCAGUGACAACGCCAUUGAAAAUGGUUACAUUGCGGAAACUUCGGUGACUAGAAAACUGACAGCUCAAUAUCAGGAAGGAUUAUUGGAUAUUGAUCUGGAAUUUUCUGAUCGUUCCAGGACCCCGCUAAGGGAUAUUUCAGUGGAUGAUUAUUUUUUGCUGGUGGAAAGUCUGGAUACAGAAGUAGUUGCAUUUGCCCCGAUGCUGGCAUCUCAUCAUCCAAGAGUGAUUGCAGUCGGAGAAGGCAAUGGUGAUUUAUUGAGGGUUACGUUGCUGUUAUCUGAAGAAUGUCGCUUAAGGCGGAAUAUUCCAGUAUCUAAACAGGGUAUAAAAUCCUCAAUUGGCCCUCUGGUCAGUGCACUGGCUUCUGUUCAAGUGGACUUCAGCGCGUCUGACAUCGGCACUCGACCGGACACGGUUCAGAAUGACGGUAUAGCUGGUCGAGACCGCAAGGCAGGACAUGAGCUGAGUGACUUAGCAGAUAUUUUGAUAGGUAUCCCUCUCAAGGAUGAUCACAGUCAGGAACCAGCGGCACUUCAACCUUCUAGGCAACAUCGUGGAGGAAUUCCUGGUUAUACCAACAGCAAGAGCAUGGUAUAUACGGACGCCACUUCGUUGGAAAUCGGGAUGUACGUGUUACUAGCUGCCUUCUGUCUAGCGAUCGGAGUAUUUGUUAUCUCAUGUGUGGUUUAUGCAUCAAAGUUCAGACCGGUUACUAUAGAUGUAACUGGAGAGGCGAGUGUUCGGGAUGGAAUGGGAAAUGCUGCAGUGUUGGGCGCAAAAGUAACUGAAUCAACGACUAACGCUCAUGAUUGGGUGUGGUUGGGACGUGCUACGAUGGAUCGAUCUGCGAAUGGACCAGAGUUCAGUGGAAAUAACAGAGAUUCACGAAUGCAUAUCAUUAACAAUCCAAUGAGCUCAAAGUACGGAGACGCAGAGGAAAGUGUGGUUCAGGUGAACAGCUUUGAUAAUCCAAAUCACAUACAAUUACCCCCCAACACUAGCGUAGCAGUAAACUCGUGUACUUAUAACAAACGAGACCGGAGAAGCCGUGUAAUGAAUGAUGAUGAAAAGGCUCCACCAUUACCUCCACAUGGAGUUCCUGUGAUUGGUGGAAUAGAAUACCGUCCCCCAGUUCCACCUCAUAGAAAUAUGGGUGUAACUGCCAAUGUUGCACACCGGCACCAAGAGCCAGUUAUACAGAUGAGAAACCCAAGGCCACGUUUGCAUCCUCGCUAUGUCCGCAACAGUAGUAACAACUGUUCAACCACCAACCCAGCAUUUGAAAUUCAACUACAUGGCAAUUCAGCACAACGCAAUUUAAACUUUACUCAGCAGCAAAUCAAUGCAGCCCUCUUCAAUAACAGCGUUCCUCAGUAUUCCGUUCAACCAAUUGUACGGCAAUCCACAAAAUCACCACACUCAUUUGAAAACAUGGGAUUCUCAGUAGCCCCACAGUCACAUCACCUAUCUAUGGCGGGUCCUAGCGGUAGAAAUCCAGAAGAUCUGCAUAUGGCCGAACGAUUGGUACAACAAUGUGCCCAAAAGUCCGCGUUUAAAUUUGACACUAUCAACAAUCCCUCGAGUAGCAGAAAUAAGUCGAUUAGAGCCGACCUCUGCCACAACGACUCAGUAGUUACUAGUAGUAUUAGGGAAUGCCCACCCGUCACGAUGGAAACGACCGCUGAAAUUAAUCCCUUAGCUGCGUCAACGGAUAAUAGACGUUCUCGCAGCGAGGAAUGUUCCAGUGAUGUAAAAACGCUUGAAUCUAGCUCGGACGGUAAUGGAGGAUUUAUAACGCCUCCUACCGAAGAACCACAACAGCUAAAACAGAACAAUCAGUCCAAAAUACCAAAGCCACCGUUGCCCAUGAAACACAGCAAACCCACUGUUGUGGGCAAUCCGAUGUUUGCCAAUACGCCAGACAGUGAACUUGGGCCUGGCGAGAGUCUUGGCCUCGAUGAUUUAGAUAUGGAUUACGAACAAAUUAUGCACUAUUUUGAUAAUUUGAAGGAAUCGAAUGCCUGAGUUCAAGAGAUCAUUGCAAAGAUUCGUGAGAUACUGUCCACGUUCCAACAGCAGUACCGGAAUGUAGCCAUAUCGCCUGUCAGCAGCCCGAUGUGCAUACCCAGUAUCAACGACCCCAACUUCGAGCAGUUUUUCGAACAUUUGAGUGAGUCGUAUGCCUAAAUCGAAUCGCGCUUCGUCAAUCGUUUAAUUAUUGUACCUUCUCGGUUAACCUGUUGUAAUCAGAGAUGUACAUUCUGCUUCCAGCAUACUCAAAAUCAUCAGCAGUUAUAACAUAUUCAAACCAACCUAAGAAUAUGAAUAUUAUUUUGAAGAAACGACACGACUGUAUUAUAAAUUGAUCUCAUUUGUCGUUAUUAAUUCAUUAUCGCGAUACAACCACAAUCAGUCAAAUGGGUUUGAAACUAACGAAGCGACUUUGCAGUGAUCGUAAAAAUAAAGAACUACGACAUUUAAAUCUUGUUGAGGUUCACAGAGUAAAUGAAACAAUAAAAGUACUUCUACAAAAAAGGAUAAAAAAUGUGUACAGCACCCGACACUAAUUUCAGAUGAGUAGGUAAAUUGGAGAAGCAAAACAAAUACUCGAAUGUAUUGUGACGUAAUUGUAAGCAAAACUCACCGAUAAGCAACAAAUUUAAACUCAUCCAGAAUUCUGGCUAGAUCACAACGCUAAACUAAAAAAUAAGAACAACGCUCAAAGCGUACCCUUUUCCAAAUUGAAAUUUGCAAUGGUCGACAUUUUUCAUUUCAACAUCAUGCAGGUGAACAAGCACAGAAAUAAUAUAAUGAUCACAAUUGCAUGUGUUUAAAGUAAUUUCAACACUUACAAUUUCAAAGCAUGAAAUUUUCCGUCGGGCUUGCCGUGUUAUGAUUAAUUUAUGAAAACAGUGAAUCAAAUUAAUACUCUAGUCAUUUAGUUGAACAAAUUUGAGAAAGGAUACGAACAAAUGAUAAUUAUUGCAAAAGUAUAUAUGAUGGUAACAGUUAUGUAAGAUAAGUUGAAUUGUAUAGAAUUAAAACUCAUAUACCUUAUAUUAUCAUUAUUAAAGCUUUAAAGCGUGAAGGAAGCGUUUUAUAUAAACCAACACAACCCCAGUAAAAUCAGCUACUGUCUUUAAGAGUUCGUUGAAACAUUGAAUUUUAUUAAAUUGCCUAUUAUAUUGAGAAUGGAAGCAAAAUUUAAGAAAAACAAAACGAUCCAUAUCAUAUCGAUUCGAUGAACAUUCUCUAUUAUGUAAAUAGUAUUUUCACAUGUGGCAUAAGGCAGUAUGAUUUCACAGUUGUCCUUUAUUGGAUUGACUGAUUGUGCGAGCAAGAUGUUUCAUGAUUUCCAGAUUGUAUUUUAUGUAAACUUGAGCCAUAUGAAAAUUGCAUUUUCAAGCCACACACAUCUGUCUAUAUGGAAAAUGAUACCAAAAAUUAGCUUAUUAAGGAACUAUUAGACUUAGGCUACAGUCAAAACAGAAGAUUUAGUUUCAUGCAAAAAAUGCAUCAGCGUUAUUCGGUGUUCAUUAUGCGCGAUAUUACGGAGUAAAUGAGAAAAAGUAUGAAAAUAACACAUGUACCUAUUAAUCGCUGAAAACUGGGCUCGUUGUUCACUUUGAUUUUUUCUUUGGUUAUUAUUGUAUGUAAGAAAAUGGUUGAAUUGAGUUCUCAGCUGGAACGUAGAAACAUUCCCAUUAGUCUUCAAGUUUGUUCUUAUUGGGCUCGAUCGUUAACUGAGCAAAUUAAAAAGCUGUUUCUGAUUCAACAUUUUUGUGUGGGAAAAGACUCUUUUGCUCUUAAUUAGUUCAUCUGUAUUAGAUGAUUCCAAAACAUACGUAAACAGCUACACUGAGACAAAUCAUUGACUUGAAACUAUUUAACAAACAUCUAUUAGAAAAAUACUAUACUUAUCUUCUAUCUAACGCUGUUGUUUAACUGUACACCUUCAAAGCUUUUACUUACUGUCUCUGUAGUAUAUAUAACGUUUCUCUGAGUAUACACUUAGGUACGUGGGAGUCCGAAGCGAGGGAAGGCGUACGAUUGAGGAUUUUCUGAAAAACAACAGCCAACAGCAUUGCAAUUUUCAUUACCAUAUAAUUUAUGGUAUUGAUAUUGUUUAUUACUUGAUAUUGAGCUUUUGCGACCACCCCUGGCUGCUACUCCGUUAUCGAUCUGGACUAGCUGAAGUUGCACAUGGUAUUCAUAUUGUUUGUUACACCCACAAAACCCAUCUCAUUAAAUGGAUUUCCAACCAGACUCAUUAAUUUGAAAUUUACUCUAAUGCUUUUUAAAACCCGGAAAUAUGCAUGAACAAUCUAUAUAACAUUUUCCUUAUAAAUCUUUGCUGCAUCUUACCAACCCAUGUCAAGCCAUUGCUUCAGAUUACCAUCUAUCAACUCAUGCUUCCAUAUUAUCCACCACCAAAAAAUCUUGGAUCACGCAGGCAAAUGAGUUGGAUAAUUCGUCUAGUGAUUUCAUUUUUUAGAAGUUGUGUAAACCACAAAACCGCACAACUAAAACGACCAGCUAAAUGUAUAUUGUUUAUAAAUGAGCUUGAUUAUACACGCAAUCCGCAAAUACCAAACUUACGAAGUAACAUAACAAAUGGACAAAGUUAUAUGCAUCAGUAUAUAGAUAAAUUUAUUGCAAAAGAACAAAUAAUGCAAAUAUUUUGUAUUCGAUAUAACAUUACGGAGGUAUGAUUUCUAGAAAUAUUUAUACAUCAAGAGGACCGGCGCAUGACUAGAGCAGAUGACAAAUGUUGAAAAAUAAAAUAAUAAAACACAUGAAUGUUUAUUCCAAAGCAGCAAGCGUGUUUAGAUUAGUCAAAGAUGCAGGAAAUAUACUGUUCGAUAGCAAGCAUGCCAUAGGCCAACAAACAAAAAAUAUGGAAUAUUACCUAAACGGAUCAUUGACAAAUUAUCGCAAGUCCAUUCAAAGAAUAGCCUAAUGUUGUGAGGUGAAAUAUAUUCUAGUUGAAAGAAAAAAUAAUGGAAAAUGGAUACCAAAUUUAAAAAAGAUAAAUGUAAAAGCAAGUGUCCCAAAACCUUUUUAGAAAUUAUACGCUAGCCGAAGACUGUAGGUAGGAUUGAAUCAGUUUUCAGUCAGAAAUCGACGUGUGCAAAUACAUACCGAUGUGCGUCCCAACGUUUCGAAUAAAAUUGUCUGCCGUAAUACGUUAGGAUAUCCGCUUAUCCAGAUCAAACUUAAAAUUAAAUAUACAUAUGGAAUCCUAUAUAAAUAUAUAUCAAACCGCUAAAACACAAAUCUGCUUAUACACAAGACGUCAAAACAAAACAAUAACAAUAUUAAACGCAUAUAUAGCUGUUGUCGCUCCCAAAAAGAAAGGAAAUUUGAACCCUAUACAAGCUAAUACAUACACAAUAAUACUACAAUGCUACAACUGCUCGCGAUCCAAACAUAAAAACGAAGGUGUAAUUUUCUCCAACUGUACUAGCGCACUCCAAUUCCAACAUAUUUCUCUUUCGCAUCAACUGUUCUACUUUUUUUAUUUAUAUAAUGUUUAUGCAUUCACUAAAACAUAUAGGGUAAUGAGUCAAUUUUGGCAGUAUUAGUAAGUGUAUCGAACUAGUUCGUAAAUUACUCGGUCUACAAUCGAUGGACAGCGUAUAAAUUGGUAUCAACAUUUUUGCUUCGUUCUUAAAAACCAACAUAACAUUGACAAGCGGUCUGAAAGCGGUGAAAGCUUCGUGUUUGAAUGCAAUUAACUCGAAUCAAGUGAUCCAAUUGUCGCCCAGUCAUUUAAGCUAAUGCGUUGAAAAAAAUAGCAGACACUGCUCUAACCAAUAAUAUAAACAGGGCAACAAUAGGCUCAUUACCCUAAAAUUUAUAUUGAAAUGCGGCUUACUGUGUGGAAUGUAAUACACAAUAAUCUAUUAAAGUACGCUCUCGGGAAGUACAACUUAUUUUGGUUUAAGAAACUAUCUGAGCUUCGUUGAACUCCAAAAGUCGAAUAUUAAUGCUUUGCUUCAAGCUCCUUAGUUUUAACUAAUAUCAUAACCACGAAGCCAGUUGACGAACACUGUGGUACUAUACUCCAUUUGAGAUAUACUGUAUAUUUUUAAAAAUUCAACGCUCAAGGACAGAUUGAAAAUGUGUGGUUGUUUGUUGCUACUAUGGAGCAAUUUUGUAGUAGUAAUAAAUAACUAUACAUUAGCAAUUAUCCUUUUCUCGGUAUGCUACCGUUUUAUUCUUUUCAUGAGAAAGAGUUACGAAUGUAUAUGUGUGUGGAAAGUCCCUGAAGUUGAAAUUUGUUUGCAUGCAUCCAAUAAAUAGAUAGGUUCAUGGGUAAGUAAAUACAAGCCAUACUAAUUUUGUUGACUAAUUGUAAUGUUUUAGUUUAUUUAAACGGAUGUUAAUUUAUUUAAGCUGUUUUGUUUGCUUUUCCAUACUUUUCUUCUGUAUCUUAACAAAAUAGACAUGUUUCGUUGAUCACACGACAAGGAAGCGCAAAAUUAUUCAUUUGUUCCCGUUAUUAUCAUACAGCGGUAUAAUUGGUAUACUAAGUACCUGACUUUCAAAUCUCCCGAUUUUGCCACACACUGCAUGUUCCCAUUUGUUAGUAUUGUCUAUUCUAUGAAUGAGAACGUUUUAUUAGAUGAAGUUACCACCGAUCAGUUAAACGCGAGUACUAGUUGAGAGCGAAACGCUGCACAAUUAUACUGGAGAAAUGCAAACAAACAAUUAGCCCUUAGAAAGCUAGAAUAACGACAGCAGCUGCUAAUAAUGGCAAUUUCAAUACAAAAUAUUUUAGGAAAAUUGUAUGAGUCCUUAUUGCUUAGGAUAAAAUGCAAAAGUAAACAUUCGAUGAAGCUUUGUCGUACCAGGAGAACGAACGAGUGACGAGACCGUGCAAAACGAUAUUAUUUAAAUUAUUACAAAAUAUAAACAAAUAAACGAGAUAUUAUUUGUAACUGUAAAAAUAAACAAAAAGUGCUUAUAUUGA